UCAUUAACGUUCACCUGAAAACACAAAAACCAUCGUCUUCUGUCAACCUUCACACGUUUGAUUGACAUGAUGCCCCGCCUCCUCCACAGCGUGUUUGUCAUCGCAGCUCUGUGGUCGGUGUCAGUUCUCAGUCUGUCAGUUUUCUCAGAUGCACCAGAGGCCCACAUGCUGCUCCGGACCCGUCGAGCCAACUCCUUCCUGGAGGAACUCAAACCCCCCUCCAAAGAACGGGAAUGUAUAGAGGAAAAGUGUAACUUUGAAGAAGCAAGAGAGAUUUUCCAAACCAGAGAAGCCACCUUGGAAUUCUGGACCGUCUACACAGAUGGAAACCAGUGUCAUGACAACAUCUGUGUCCAUGGAAACUGUGUGGACCUGUACCAGGACUACGCUUGUCGAUGUAACCGUGGAUAUGAGGGAAGUACUGUGACGAGCCACACAGCCACAAAUUGCUCCAUCAACAACGGCGACUGUGACCACGAGUGUACGGACAGCAAGGAUGGUCUGACACGGACCUGCAGCUGUCUGGAUGGAUAUAAACUCGACAAAAAUGCCAAGAAAUGUGUCCCAAAAGGUCGUUCAUCUUGUGGCCAGCUGCUGAUUGGCAGGUCAUCAUACACUCAAGCAAUGGAUGGCCUGCUGCCCUGGAUGGUGGGCGGGGAGGUGGGCAAGAAAGGGGAGACUCCAUGGCAGGUGCUGUUACUGAACGCCCAAGGGCGUUUUCACUGCGGUGGCGUCCUCAUCGAUGAGAACUGGGUUCUGACAGCGGCUCACUGUCUGGACACCAGCCUGUGGUUUAAAGUGCGACUGGGUGACUAUGAGCGCUUUAGGGACGAAGGCACUGAGGUAAUCCGCAAAGUAGACAAGAUCAUCAAGCAUCCAAACUACAAUAGCAAGACUGUGGACAAUGACAUCGCUCUGCUGCGUAUGGACUCGCCAGCGCCGCUAUCUGACUACAUCAUUCCAAUCUGCCUGCCAGGGCACAUGAUGGCUGAGCGGGUGCUUCACCUCAAUGGUACCACCACCGUAGUCUCAGGUUGGGGCAAAGACGACAUGGACAGCACCAGGUUUAGCUCAGCACUCAACGUCAUCAAGGUGCCUCUUGUCAGUCACAGCAUCUGCGCUCAACAGAUGUCCCACAACAUAUCUGACAACGUCCUUUGUGCUGGGGUCCUUGGUAAAAAAAUGGACGCCUGUGAAGGCGACAGCGGUGGGCCAAUGGUCACCCUCUAUCGAGACACCUGGUUCCUAAUUGGGCUCGUGUCCUGGGGUGAAGGUUGUGGUAUGGAGGACAAAUUUGGCAUCUACACAAAAGUGUCCAAUUAUAAUGAGUGGAUCAAUCGUAUGCGUGAGGAAUGGGAUCCAGCUAAACAGCCACAGCUGAGCCCCACACAUCCAAAUGAACCCCACAGUCUCUAAACCAGCCCCAACCCUCAACAGAGGACCCAGUUUGGUUUACCAUGGAAAAUGGUUCUUUGAUAUGCAUGUGAUCUAACAAGUUUUUGUUAAUUAAAAUGAUUCUCUGUCAACAAA